UCACUGAUUUUUGUUAAACUGGAUCAUAUUUUAUAGAGAAAAUAUUUUCUGCUUUUCCCUCUUAUGUCCUCCGGUGGCUCUACCUCAACUCUCACUGGAUUUACCUGAUGGACAUAUAGCUUUACUUAAGCAGUUACAAAACUUUGCUAAAGUAACUGCUAACUAGCUGCUAACUGCUAGCUUUCUCUGCCCGGACCACCCGGACCAGGGGAGUGUUUACACCUCUACUCACACAGGAGGGAGGAGGAACUUGUCAGACCUGGGGCGUGCUGGCCCAGGUAAUCAUGAAAUAGGCACCAUGCAUCAAUCAUCCCUGACAUUCCUUCCCUCAGCGACUCUUCCCCUAAGCAUCCGAUCACCCAGGUGGAAAUUUUCUUUUGUCUUUGAGCCGAAACCAGGAACCAAAGUGACACACCGAGAUGGCAAAGAUCCUAUUUGGAGUCAUAGCAGCUGUGGCAUCUUUAAUGCUGGCGGAGUCCCUAACCUGCAACCAAUGCAAUUAUGGUCUGUUGGGCUUCUGCUUAAGCACUUCUACAGCGACCUGCAGCAACACCAGCGUCUGCUUUACUGGAAAAGCAACUUUCACAGGAUUGACCUCUGUGGGCUUCAACAUCCAGGGCUGCCUUGAACCCACCAGCUGUAAUGUGACCAACAACGGCAGCCUGCUGGGUGUCUCCUACACGACCCAAACCACCUGCUGCUCAACAGACAAGUGCAACCCAGUUACAAUCAGCGGAGCACCAUCCACCAAGAUGACCCUCACCGCUGCCAUUGGUGUAGCCGUCCUGGCUUCCAUGUGGGGAAGCAUACUGUAAUCUGCUAAUGCUAAAUCAUCAUAAGCAGCUCGCUGCUUCCAGCUGCUCCUGAAGCCCAUUCAUAUAAUUCAUUAUACCAAUCAGGGUUUUACAAGACCAAACGCUCUAUCAAAAUUGUUAAAACAAUUUGAUCCUAUGAGUUUAUAUAUAUGAUUUUUAUAAUGCUCAUAUUCUGUGACACUCUUUGUUUUUCAUAACUAAGGUCUUGUCAUGUCAGGGUUCAUUUCUAUAAUGACAAGUUAUAUUAAAGCCAAAACUAAGGUGUCCACACCAUGGUAGUUAAGCAAUAUGAUGUUUCAGGGAAACAUUGAGUUCGUAAA